AUGACAGUGUAUGGUUCUGCCAGAGAGAGCAAAAUCUAUAUCUUGGUAACAACUGUUUUUCUCUAUGCUGGUGGUACUUUGUCUCAGAAGGUUCAAGUCCAUUUCCACGGGGCCACGGUCCUGUCCUGGAAAGUGGCGGGAAAGGACGUUCUGUUCCAGAGUCGGGAGGCCAUAUACGACAACCAGGCUCCCAUAAGAGCAGGGAUACCGAUUGCUUUCCCCCACUUUGGUCAGUGGGAGGCCGGCCCGACUCACGGCUUCGCUAGAACGUCACGGUGGAAGUUAGAGGAGGGUCCCCAAAAGGAUUCCAAUGGGAACGCUACAGUUGUCUACAGCCUGGUAGAUACAGAGGAGACCAGACGGCUGUGGAACCACAAGUUCAAGUUGACCUACACCUUGGUGUUCGGAGAUACGGCGUUUAAAACCACUCUUAAUGGCCGUGCAGCGGAUUUGCGGACCACUAGUGCCGGGACUGCCGGCACUGUUGCCCGAGAGAGACUGGGACUUGCUCCCCUGACAGUUACAGCAAAUUGUCCGUACUGUGGGUACCGGACAGAAGUUACUGACCUUUACAAGGGUCAUGUAGAGCAGAUUUGCAGACUACAAUAUCUUUCAAAGAUUCUAUCACGAAUGGCAUUGUGUUUUAUCAAGGUGAAAAAUACGGGUGACACCACCUUCAAUUUCACCACAUUACUACACAACUACUUCCGGGUCGACGACAUUAGUGCGGUGACUGUUUCCGGUAUGCAGGGUUUGGAGUACAUUGACAAGACGCGAAACUUCGAGAGGUUUACAGAGAGUCGUGAGCUGCUGACAGUAGGGGAGUUUGUGGAUUCCAUCUACAUCAACACGCCGUCCAGUCACGUGAUUACUGGUAUAAAUGGCGGACGCACCCUACGAAUGGACAAAGAAAACUUUCCAGACACGGUUGUUUGGAACCCCUGGGAGACCAUGAGCCCAAACUUCCCGGACCUUGGGAACGACGAGUACCUCUCGUUCAUCUGCGUGGAGGCAGGUCACGUGGUCAACCCCGUCACGCUGACUCCGGGAGAAGAGUUCACGGCUGUCCAAUUACUGACGUUAUAGGCGUUUCCACGUGACGUCAUGGUCACCAUCUUGGUUGGUUAAACCUGAAAGAGUCACCAGUCAACACCACAGACAUGCACUCGUUACAGGUUUAAACUCAUUUUUAAACUCUGACAGCUUCCGGUCGCCAUCUUGUUUCCGGUCUAUUUUUCCAAGGCCGCAGUACCGUCAUUAAUUACUCAGGUCAGCGCUUCAGUACCAUAGAGUUGCUAAAUAAUGAAGGCACUGAACUCUCCCGUAUUUGCUGAUGAAAAUAUCUAUUUCUUCUAGCAAAGUGUUAGUGCAUAUAAAAAUUUAAACUUAACUUGAAACUUUUAGGUUUCAUUAUACAACAUGGUGGACUAGCCCUACGUCAUAGUCACGUGAGUGCGAACACCCUAUAACCGCGCCACAGUUCGGAACAGUUGCGAACUGCAAAUGCCAGCACUGUCCAAUUCCACUUAAACUAUGUGUUUUACGUCAUGGGUACGUACGUUCGAGGCCAAUGAUAAGUACAGUCUAGGGCGAGUGUCUGCAAUCAAAACUAUGAAUAUGCUCAGAAUGCGAACAGUUCAGUUUGCGGAGCCUAUCCCCCACGUUUAUCUUGUGGUUUAUCCCCUGUGUGAUAUUGAACUUGGCUCGUGACACAGAGGACUAACCCAUUACACCCCAGGUAUCGGAUUGCAAAAUGAUAUGAUUUGGGGGUCGUGAUAUAGCAAUGAG